AUGCAACAGCAACCAAUCACUUCAUAUAUAAAAUCAAUCAAUAAUAAGCACUUUUUACAACCAUCAAAUAUUCUUAAUCAAUUACAACCAAAAAGAUAUUCAUCAUUAAAUCAAAUCCAACAUUACAAACAUUAUCAACCACCAAAACAAAAUAUAACAAAAUCACCCGAUUUACAAGGCAACCCUUUCAAAAAAGGAGUAAUAUUACGUAUAACAAUUUUAAAACCAAAAAAACCAAAUUCAGCCCUUAGAAAAUGUUGUAGAGUAAGAUUAACAAAUGGUAAAGUAAUAAGUGCUUUGAUUCCAGGUGAGGGUCAUAAUUUACAAGAACAUCAUGUUGUUUUGGUAAGAGGUGGUAGAGUACAAGAUGUACCUGGUGUUAAAUACCAUUUAGUUCGUGGAGCUUUUGAUUUAGUUGGAGUAGCUAAUAGAACUACUUCAAGAAGUAAAUAUGGAGUCAAGAAGCCCAAAACUUAA